UAAGUUGUAAUUUUGGAUGCCGGCCUUCAAAUGUAUAUAAAUAUCCAUCCAUAUUCUCAAACCAUGAAUAUAAGCUUUCUAUCAUCUUCUUCUCUUCAUCCAAUCAUCUCACAAUAUGAGUCAGUUUGAUCACCACCAGACUCCUCCUCAAGUUUAUCCACCACCUACAACUGCUUAUCCUCCGCCGGGACAAGUGGCACCACCAGCUCCGAUGGGUUACCCGGUGAGUGAUGACGUCGGCGUUGCUGCUCCAUACCAGCAAUCGGUGCCCAUGGAAACUAAAAGCCGUGGUGAUGGUUUCUGGAAAGGAUGUUGUGCUGCCCUGUGCUGCUGCUGUGUGUUGGAUAUGUGUGUCUGAGUGGCAAAACAGGAGAUAUAUAUAUAUAUAUAUAUUUAUGUUCUCAUUGUUCUUGUGUUUGUAAUGUUAACUUGUAUUUGUAUGUGUUGUUAAUUUGUUGUUGUAUGUUGUUGUUCUUGUAGACAGUAAUUCUUUGUAAAUUAAAAGAGAGCUUUCUCUAUC